GUAUGCUGAAAAUUCAUCUUUUUUGCGUUAUGCUGCUUUACCUCGUGAAAAUGUUUGCACAGAGAACUUGACUCCCUGGAAAAAAUUACUACCAUGUGAUACAAGGAGAGGUUUGGCCAUGCUGCUUCACCCCGCUCCUCUUUACACCGCCCAUUAUCAUGCUCUGUCUAUUCACCUCAGGCCUACCUGUCAGGAUGAGAGCUGCACAUCCUCUCAUUUGGAAUUGGUCCAGGCCUUGUCCCUUGUCCAGAACCCCACAGUGUCAAUGGAAGGACAUCAAGAUUGGAGCCUUCGCCAGCUCUUCUCUGCUCCUCUUAUUUCUACCUGCCCUUUGGCUUCCAUGUCAAAAGUUUAUGUGGAUGUCACAACAAACAAGGAUAGACAGAGUUUUAUUCUCUAUCCUGAGCCAGACAGUAUCGAUGUAAGUGGAAGUGGAGACAGCUUGCGCCACUUGGCUGUCUAUGAUGCCCGCCAGGCUUUGAACAAUGACAUCUUUGAUCUAGAAGCCCACUAUCAAAGUCGUCAUGUAUAUGGUCUUAUUCCACCACCUCAUUUGCAUGUUUCAAGAUUUGUUACAGGAUAUGGACAGGAAGGAGGGAGUAUUACAGUAAAACUAACCAACACUGGAGGACAGCCACUGUCUGUCGUGUACCUUGAAGUUUUACCUUGGUACCUUAGACUCUUUCUUCACACUUCACACACACAUCAGCAAAUGCAGUCAGCUUACAUGUCCAAGUUGGUAACUGCACGAGACCGGGAGAGAGGAUGGCUUUAUGAAGCUGUAGUUGAAAUUCCAGCUGGUGCCACCAAGGAGCUAAGCUUGGAGUUUACAAGAGCCCUUUUGAAGUGGCUUGAGUAUCCACCAGAUGCCAAUCAUGGGUUUUACAUUCCUGCUGCAACUGUUUCUGUUGUUUUGCCUACCCCAAGGAAUGUCUCUGUCAACAGUCUGGAUGGAACGUGCUUAAAGGACAAGCUCAUUCUGAAUGAGGGAGCAAGCUUUGUCCGCAUUCACACAGAGACUCUUCUUGUGAGUCUUCCCACACCAGAUUUCUCAAUGCCUUAUAAUGUCAUCUGUCUUGCCUGCACUGUGGUUGCCCUUGCAUUUGGACCCAUUCAUAACAUCACUACCAAGAAGCUUGUAUUGAAAAAGAUAGAAGACAAGGCAUCACCCCUAAGCAAACUUCUGACCAAGUUGAAAAGCCUGCUGAAAAGGAGCAAGAUGGAGGAAAAGGAGACUAAGGGAACAGACAACAAGCAAGAGCCAGUCAUUGUAGAGGAAAAUCCAUUAUAUGAUGACAGAGAAGAACUAGAGGACAUCAAGGAAGAAGAAGAGAGUGAAGAAGAUAAAACGGCAAGUGAGGAUGAAAACAAGAAGGAUAGAUAGACACUAGUUACACCUUUUUUAUAUGAUACAUAAACUUCAUUUUAACAGAUCUUAAGAUACUCUUUGAUGAGCAGGAAUAAUUUUAACAAAAGUAAAUGAUGAUUCAACAAUUACUUCAUGAGAACGAUGUAAUUCUGCCUGCAAUUUAACUCGAAAAGUUGUUUGUAUUCCAUGCUUUGUGAAAUUAAUCAUUCUCAUUCAUACACUUUUCAACAAGGCACAAAAAGUCACAAGUUUCAUGUGCUCAUUGAACAGUGCAUGCACAUUCCCCUACCUUGACUUAGGAAAUUAGAGUUUUAAGUUUUAAGGUUUUUCAUCAAAGUAUUAAUUCUAUUUAUCAUCAGUAAUGUCGUGCCUAGAUUGAAUUCAUUUGUUAUCAAAGAAUAAGUGUGUAUUCAGUAUACAAAGUGUAAUAUAUGUGUAUAAAAUAGGAUUGUGUUAUUGAACCUGUUAUGAUAGUAUACAAUAUUAAUGUAAUAUAAUAUUUCUUUGAAUUAAUACAAUAUCACAAAUUCCAUAUUUUGUGUGGGAGAGUAUUUUUCUUCAACAUUCCAUUAUAAGUUGAUAUUUAGGAAGGAAAAUUGAACCACUCGGUAACAUAUUAUAAAAAGUACUAGAAUUGCUAAUGAAAAACUACAUGAGUAUUUAGUAUCAUGAGAUGUGUUUCUAACACCUGGUCCAGAUCACAUGCUUUAUUUUACAAGAGUUGAUACAAUACUCAGUUCCCUUAAAAAAAAUAAUAAAUAAAUAAAUAAAUAAAUAAAAAGACGUGAUAUAUAGAAGUGUGUUAUGUAAAAUGUAUGAGUACACCAUAUUCAAAUACUGUCAGGUACUUAAACUGAUGCCUCUCAUUUGGUUAUACCAAAAAGCAUAAUGCCAAUGCUUUACCAAAGCUAUGUCCAGUGAGGAUUUCCCAUUUCAUUAUUCCUCUCAUCAUUCUUUCAGGAUGAAUUGUCACAAAUGAAAAUUACCUAUUUACAACUAACAGUAUAUAAUCUGCACAAGAUUUUGAAUUAAAUAAAGAGAUGAGGUGCUUAAGCAUUAAUUCAAUGAU